AUGGAGGGUGAGUUUGGAAGCUUCAUUAAGUCAGCAAAUCCACCCAAAGCUCAUCUUAGUCCUUCAUUGCUUGUACAUAUACCUUCUUCUAGAAACCCAACUCAUCAUUGUAGCAGCCCUCGCUUGGGGCCUUCUGGGUUUAGAUCUCAAACAGCAUUUCAACGAGCCUUACCUCUCCACCUCUCUGCAAAACUUCUGGGGCAGAAGAUGGAACCUCGUGGUCACCAGUAUCCUACGCCAGUCCGUAUACGAACCCACCCUCAAUUUCUCCACGUGCGUCAUUGGCCGCAGGUGGGCUUCACUACCCGCUGUCUAUGCAAGCUUCCUUGUCUCCGGGCUUAUGCACGAGCUCAUUUACUACUACAUGGGUCGUGUGAGGCCCACGUGGGAGGUCACGUGGUUCUUCGUUUUGCACGGGUUUUGUUUGAUGUUGGAGAUCGUUUUGAAGAAGGCAUUGAAGGGCAGUUGUCGGUUGCCGAGGCUGAUCUCUGUGGUUUUGACCGUUGGAUUUGUGGUAGCUACUUGCUUCUGGCUAUUUUUUCCCCAGUUUCUUCGAUGUCAGGCUGA